UGCAAGCAGCUCACUUGCUUGUGAACUCUCGUCAACGCAAGUACGGAUUUGUUGGUGAAGUGGUUUUAUUGGAGUAGAAGUAAAAAUGAAGGUUCUAAUUAGUUUAUUCCUUGUUGCUUUGGCAGCCGGCAUUGUUUGUGCUGACGAUAGUAAAGGGCCAAAAGUCACAGAUAAAGUAUUCUUUGACAUCACCAUUGGUGGUAAUCCCAUUGGACGCAUUGAAAUAGGGCUCUUUGGUAAAACUGUUGAGAAAACUGCUAGAAACUUCAAAGAACUUGCUGAGAAACCACAAGGCGAAGGUUACAAAGGCAGCGUAUUCCAUCGUGUUAUUAAGGACUUUAUGAUCCAAGGUGGCGAUUUCACUAAAGGAGAUGGCACUGGUGGACGCUCUAUUUAUGGUGAACGCUUCCCAGAUGAAAACUUCAAACUUAAGCAUUACGGCGCUGGUUGGUUGAGCAUGGCUAAUGCUGGCAAGGACACUAAUGGCUCACAGUUCUUUAUUACAACAAAACAAACUUCCUGGUUGGAUGGUCGUCAUGUAGUCUUUGGCAAGAUUCUUUCUGGAAUGGACGUUGUACGUGCUAUUGAAAAAACCGAAACUGAUGGUCGCGAUCGCCCAGUUAAGGAUGUUGUCAUCGCAAACUCUGGUUCUAUUCCUGUUAGUGAACCUUUUGCAGUUUCUAAGUCUGAUGCCACUGAAUAAAUAUUCAAAUGUGGAUAAGUUUUGUCUUAAUUUAAUUUAAAGUAAUGUUUAAACGAAUUAAAUAAAAUAAAUACAAUGUUUUUUAAAUAAAGUUAUAAUAGUUCAUAUAUCUAAUAAUUAAAGCUCUUAAAGCUGUUGCAUUUAUAUCGUAAGAUGAUAAGCAAUGAAACUAUUUAAAUUAAAUUAAAUAUACAUAAAUUUAAAA